UGAUCAAUGCUCAAGAAUAAAAGGACUAUGUUGUCUAUCGGAUCACCUCCCUCUCACAUAGACUGAACCGAAAAUGCUGAGGAAGGCGAUGGGUCAUGUCACAGCGGCCAAGGAUGGAGGUGGGAAUUGAAGCUUUGAAUAUGUUAGCCAUGGGUAUUUGAGGCAUUCGUCGUGUCUUCGUCUCUAAGAUUGUUGGUGAAUGCAUUGGGCUCAGGUUGAUUUCCUUGAGGUAAUUUCUUUUAAUUUUUAUGAACAUCAGGAGAUAAUUUAGCCUUCUUUUUCUCAUGUCACUUUUCCCCCACUAACUUUGGAUUCCUCGUGAAUUUUGAUUUCACCUUCUGUAUUUUCUUUUGAUAAGGAAUAUCCUUUUUUGUUACGUUUGGAUGUUUUGGAGAGGUGGAAAGACUUUCAAUAGUUUUGUUUUAAGAGCAUUGCUUUUAGGUGUCAGACGUAAAAUUAUGUUCAUCAACACUACAUGAAGUCAUAUGUGAUUAUUAUAUAUAUACUUAAUUCUAUGGGUGUUUCUUAAGAAUUUUUAUUCAUUGUCAAGUUUGUAUUACAUGCAUAUGCAAUACGAAAAUUGGGUUAAAAAGGUAAUGAAAUAUACUAUUUACCAGGAUUAUUGGAUGAAGAUGGGUUCUUUCUUAUUUCUUUGCAGUGAUGUUUACUGCAAUGACUUCAAGUGACUUUGCUUCCCUGAUCAAGGGUCGCAAGCUUGAUCCAGGACUGCUGAAGAGGUUGAAUGUUGCAAUGUUAGCUAUUAACCAACUUAUUGAAGUUGCAGAUGAGAAACAGCUCAUAGACGAUGCCAUUAGAAGCUGGGUUGCUGAGCUUAAAGAUGCUGCCUAUGAUGCUGAUGACUUUAUUGAUGAGCUUGGUUAUGAAGCCAUUCGAGCUGAGGCUGAAGCUGCAUCACAAACUGCCACAGGGAAGAUGUUGAGCUUUUUCUCCUAUCGUAAUCCUUUCAAGGAUGGAAUUAAUGGAAAGCUGAAGAAGCUUCUUGAGAGGCUUGAUGGCCUGAUAAAGUUAAAGAACACGCAUGGGUUGGAUGUGGAUACCGGGAACAAAGUAUUGACUACAAAACCUCCUACCACUUCUCUUGCCCUUGAAUCUUGUAUUUAUGGGAGGGAGGCUGAUAAGGAAACUAUUAUGAAUUUACUUCUCUCUAAUGAUCGAAGUAGUGAUGAUUUGGGCGUCAUUACAAUUGUUGGAACAGGUGGUGUGGGUAAAACCACGCUUGCAAAGUUGAUGUACAAUGAUAGUAAGGUUCAAGAGCAUUUCCAAGUAAGUGCUUGGAUUUGUGUCUCGGAAGAAUUUGAUGUCAACAAAAUAACAAAAGACAUACUUGAAGAGCUUAGCGGAAAGGCUUCUGAUAAUCGUACUUUACAUCAGCUACAAAUUGAGUUAAGAGGUCGAUUGACACAAAAGAAGUUCUUGCUCAUUCUAGAUGAUGUUUGGAAUGAGAGUGAUCGUGAAUGGGAUUUGCUACAAACACCUCUCAAGUAUGGUGCAAAGGGAAGUAAGAUUAUUGCUACGACACGACAUUUAAAUGUAGCGUCAGUCAUGUCAACCACUGACACAUAUCAUCUUAACCCAUUAACAAGUGAUGAUUGUUGGAUGAUAUUCUCAAGCUGUGCAUCUCUGGAUGGAAAUUUAAUUGCACGUCCAGAGUUGGAAACUGUCGGCAGACAAUUAGUUGAGAAAUGCCAGGGUCUACCUUUGGCUGCAAGAACCUUAGGAGCUCUCCUACACACCGAACAAGAUGUAGAGAAAUGGGAGAAGAUAUUGAAGAGUAACCUAUGGGAUCUACAUGAUGAGAUUCUUCCAGCUCUUAUAUUGAGCUAUCAAUAUCUUCCAUCAUACUUGAAACAAUGCUUUGCUUAUUGUGCAAUUUUCCCGAAGGAUUAUAGAUUUCAAAAGGAAGAACUAGUUCUCUUAUGGAUGUCUGAAGGUUUCAUAAGUGCACCCGAGGUCGAGAAAGAGUUUGAGGAAAUAGCUUCCGAGUACUUCGAUCAACUUGUAUCAAGGUCAUUCUUUCAACAAUCAAGUGGGAUGGCUACUUGUUUUACUAUGCAUGGCCUAAUUCAUGAUUUAUCUGAAUAUGUAUCUGGCGAAUUUUGCUUCCAACUUGAUGGCAAUGAUUUAUCAAAGAUCACUACAAGGACUCGUCACUUAAGGUACGCAAGAACAACUAAAGAUGCUUCUAGAAAAAUUGAGGACAUCUACAGAGCUCGAGUUUUACGCACCUUCUUUUCAUCAAAGGCAAUAUGGUGGAAUGUUGAUUAUAAAUCCAUUGACAAUGAUGUAAUUAAUGGUCUCUUGAGUACACUAAGCAACUUACGCGUACUAUCUUUUUACGGAUACAAAGUAGUUGAGUUGCCUAAUUCAAUUGGUAACUUGAAGCACUUACGUUAUCUAAAUCUCUCCCUGACUUGUAUAAAGGAGUUGCCUGCAAUGAUUUGCACCCUUUAUAAUCUGCAGAUUUUGAUUAUGCAAUCUUGCAAAGAACUUGAAGUAUUGCCUGACUCAAUCGGUAAGUUGAAGCAAUUGCAACAUUUAGAUCUCUGUCAAACAGCAAUUGGAAGGUUGCCAGACUCCGUGGUGUUGUUGACCAACUUGUAUCAUCUUGACCUUACAGAGACAAAACUACAAGAGAUGCCAUUGCAAAUUGGAAAACUGACAAAACUUCAAAGUUUAACUGAUUUUUUUGUGGGAAAGCGCAGUGGCUCUAGCAUUAAGGACUUGGAGGAGCUCCAUCACCUCCGAGAAACACUUCGUAUUUGGAAUCUUCAAAACGUUGUAGAUUCGGCAGACACAUUUGGAUCUCCUUUGAAGAGUAAGAAGGACCUUAAAAGGUUGGAGUUAAGAUGGGAUGGGGACGCUGAUGACUCAUCGCAUGAAGUAAUGCUAAUGGAGAAGUUGCAACCAUAUGUCCAGUUGAGUAGCUUGAAUAUUGAUGGUUAUAGAGGAACAACAUUUCCAGUAUGGGUUGGGGAUUCUGCAUUCACACAUAUAGUCACCAUGGAACUUGCUGGAUGUAAGAACUGUUAUUGCCUACCCUCACUUGGUCAGUUGGUGUCUUUAGAAAAGCUAUCUAUCAAAGCAUUUGACAGCCUCCGAACUAUUGGUGAGGAGCUUUAUGUGAGCACCACAUCUACAGAGAAUCCAUUUAGAUCCCUUAAAACUUUGGAGUUUGAGGACAUGCCGGAAUGGGAAGAAUUGACUCCUUUUGUGGCAGAAAAUGUUGGUGAUACUUUUCCUCUCCUAGAACAGCUUUACUUGACUAAUUGCCCAAAACUGAGGCAAACAGUGUCGAGCCAUCUUCCCUCGCUAGAGACACUUAGGAUCAGAGAUUGUCAGCUACUCAGGAUACCUUCACUUCCUAGCAAAUCUGUUGUCUUUAAAAUGGAAUUGAGGGACAUGUCACGUUCGUUGAUGCUAGAGACGUCGACAGAUGGGAUGCAUUCAGUUCGCAUCACUGGGUAUGGCUCCCAGUACACAGGAAUCAAUGAGAUGGAGCCAAUUAACUGUCUUUCGAAUACUUUAGAAGAAAUUGACAUUGAAAAAUGUCCGUCACUUAAAUGCUUCCCGCUGGAGUUGUUCCCAAAAUUGAAAAGUCUUUCUAUAAAGAAUUGUGAAAGUCUAGAAUCCUUAUGUAAUGAGGAGGAAAUUCCCGAGGAUUUGGAUUCUUUGACUUCUGUGAGAAUUUCAGAGUGUCCCAAAUUAGUAUCAUUUCCCAAAGGAGGAUUACCCGCCCGUAAUUUGAAUGAUCUUGCUUUGUUAACUUGCUCAACUCUAACAUGUCUACCAGAUUCUAUGGACUCACACCUUCCUUCCCUUAUGGAGUUAACAGUGGGCCAAUGUCCUGAAAUUGAGUGUUUUCCAGAAGGUGGGUUGCCGUCCAAAUUGCAAAUACUGAACAUUUGUGCCUGUGAUAAACUCGUAGCUGGGCACAUGCAGUGGAACUUACAGUCACUCCCCUCUCUUUUGUACUUCAGUAUUGAUUCCAACAAAGAACUAGAAUCUUUCCCGGAGGAGACACUGCUCCCUUGCACCCUCACCACUCUUGGGAUUUUGAGCAUCCAAAAUUUAAAAUCUUUGGAUGAACAGGGGAUCCAACAGUUGAGUGCUCUUAAAGAGUUGAAGAUCAGUGCUUGUCCGAAUUUGGAAUCUUUUCCCAUUGGGGAUUUGCUACCCACGUUAGAAUCACUCGAGAUAAUUAGUUGUGACAAACUUGUAUCCGGUCGAUCACAAUGGAAUUUACAGGCAAUCACAUCUCUAUUGCAGUUGAAGUUUUAUGAAAAUGAUGAAGUGGAAUCACUUACAAGGGAGAUGAUGUUACCAUCCUCACUAGUCUCUCUUGAGAUCCGAGAUCUGUAUAGCUUGAAAUCAUUGGAAGGCCUUCAACAACUUACUUCUCUUAGAGAUUUGAAGAUUUAUCGUUGCCCCGAUCUUAUGGCCAUUCCAGAAGAGGGCCUUCCAUCAUCACUCUCUUCCAUGUCGAUCCUUCGUUGUCCAUUCCUUGAGCAAAGGUGUCAACAGGACAAAGGUGAAGAUUGGAGCAAGAUUUCCCACAUUCCAAACUUAGAAAUUGGUCACUAUAACAUAUAAGAAACUUGCCUCAAGAUUCCCAUGUUUUUCUUAAUCAUGCAAAAGGCUAAGGUAUUUUUCAUUAAACAUAUCUUCUACAUAUUUGAUGCACCUAACUCGAUUUUUUCUAGUCAUUUUCAACAACCUAGGGUUACUAUUUCAAUGUUAAUAUGAAUACUUUUGAUUAUUAAUUUAAUUGUAGAUUUGGGUUUGAACUGCUUAUAGGUUUGUGAUGAAUGGAGAUUUCCGUCACACUUCUGAAGCAUAUGCAUGUUGGAUGACUACGUAAUGAAAGUCAUAUGAACAACUAGGAACCCACUAAACUCAGCUGUUUGGCCCGAGUACUCGUUCCUUGGAAGUAAUUGGUUUGUGCAAUGGGAUAAAAAAAAAGUAAUUUCUUGAUCCUAACGGUAAUACCAGUACUUGAGAAAUGAAAUGAAGAGCACGCGCCUCAUCGAUUAUUUAUCUUUCAAUGACAAGGGCUAGAACUGUAAAAAUAUCCAAAAUCUUUGAACAUGGCUGGUAAAAAUCAUUUUUCACGAACCCAUAUCCUUUGAGGAAGAGGCUUCAACUUUGUUAAAUUUUCAGGUAAUAGAAAUUAUGUUAUUGUUUAUUUUUUUCUAUCUUACAAACAAAUCUUUUGUGGGUAUCAUGCAUAAUUUCAGUUACUGGUUCUAAUGAAAUUUGAGGUAGGUUAGUGUGUAUGUAGAAUUUCAAUAAUACUUCACUCCCAGAUUCACUAGAAGUCCUAUUUUUAUUGGCAAUUAGGAAAGAGAGGAAGGAUUAGCAUUUCAAUUUUGAUAGACUCCAUACAGCAUGUUCGAAAUUGGAUUAUGUGGACAUAGUCUCCAACCUUAUCUUGACGCGAGCUCCAUUUGGUAUGCACUAAUACUCUUGCUUAUCAUCUUUCAAAAUCCUUCCAUAAAAUCUACCCAUCCAUGAUUCCUUUAAUAUUUGUACUUAAAAUCACAAGUCGAUUAGAGGGAGAGGACAGAUUUGUUACCAAAGAAAUAUGCAAGCACUAAAGUGAUAUAAUAGCCUUGUACCAUCUUUUUCGUUCUAAAGUCAGAAAUGCUUAGACAACAAAGCUUGUCUGAGUUACUUUUGUGAUGUUUAAUACUCACUUGUGUAGAUGGGCGGUGACAUAACAAGAUGAAGAAAAAAUGAACAAGUUUAAACUCUGGAACUUCAAUUGGCUGAAUUUAACUUGUUCAUGUUAUGAACUAGUUUAGUUGGCUACUUACAUGCAAUGUUUUCCGAACUAUAAAUUCGUCGAUAAAUGUAAUUGAACUCCAAACUAUACACGGUUUCUUCAUUAGCGGUCUGCAAAUAAAUUAAAAUGUAAUUGUAGUGGUUUCAUGCUUAUAUGUAUGUGGACAAAACUUAAGCUAAGAUCUCAGGUCUAAUGAAAUGAAACUGAGAUC